AUGGAGCAUCACAAAGAGAUGAUAAAAAAUGGGUGCCAUAAGAUUCUUGAAGGAAUCAAUUCAAUGUCUUUGGUGAAUUUAGAUGACCAGCAAGUUCAUUCCUUAGUGAUGAUGAGAGAAAUUGCUCGCGGGGUUGUUGAUGGUCGAGAUAGAAAGGUGACUAAGAAUGAUGCGAUUACUGCGUUGCGUUACAGCAUUGAGAAAAUGGUGUGUGCAUCCAGAGAUAUCAUCCGUAUGUUAAGUAGGAUGUCCUAUGAAGGCUUGGAUGACCAGAGGAUGCAUUUAGUUUUGAGGAUGAAAGAAAUUGCAGAUGGGAUUGUUGAUAAGCAACCUAGAGUCGCAAUAACUAGGUCUGAGAUACUUGCAGACGAAGUUUGCUUUGUGGAUGAAGAGGCGGGUAAUAGUCCUGUGGUUGAUUCGAUCAAGAUCGGCAACGGUGAUAUUCUAAUUGAUGAGGCACAAAGUAUGAUGCAUGAAGAAGAUGAGAUGUUGGACGUGGAUCAGGUUUUAAGAUUUGAAAAUGGGAUAGAUGAAGUAGAAGAGUCUCUAAUGUCAUCAUGCUUUCAGCAAUUUCUUCUGUGGCCUUCCGAUGAUUGUGUCACCAUUGAGUGGGUUCAGGAUAUGAUGUUCAUCCUUGAGAAGGCUUCACAUAAGACAUUGCCAACUGAAUUUUGUCAUGCUGUGCAGACCUCUGUGGUGUUAAAAUUGAUAGAUGCUGCUUGUAAUGUUUUACGUAAAGAACCAAACUGUGUGGAGAUUAAUUGCCUCGGAGAAGAUUCAAAAGUCAUUGUCGUGGGCGAUAUACAUGGGCAGUUUCAUGAUUUAAUGUUUCUUUUGAAGCAUGCAGGAAUGCCUUCUGAGAACCAGUUUUAUGUUUUCAAUGGUAAUUAUGUUGAUGAAGGAGCUUGGGGCAUUGAGGUGUUGUUGGUCUUGCUAGCAUGGAAGGUCUUGAUGCCUCACAGAGUAUAUCUACUCCGUGGAAGUCAUGAAUCAAAAUAUUGCACUGCACAAUAUGGUUUUAAGAAGGAGGUACAGACCAAAUAUGGCAACCAAAGUGAAGAUGUGUACAAUAAAUUCCUAGAGUGUUUCAAGGAACUUCCAUUAGCGUCAGUUAUUGCCAACCGUGUUUACACUACUCAUGGGGGGUUUUUCCGCAGCAUUCAUGCUGCUGCUUCCUCUUCAGAAAAGCUAAAACAGAACAUGACACAAAGGAUGGACCUUGGUACCUUAGCUGAUUUAUCUCAAGUUAAAAGAACUUGCAUAGAUUCUCCACAUGAGGGUCCUAACAUAUUAUUGAGUGACAUCCUCUGGUCAAAACCAUCGAAUAGGGAUGGUCUAUGGGUUAAUGCAGGUCGAAAAUUAGGUUUAUGGUGUGGUCCUGAUUGUACCGAGGCUUUCUUAAAGCAGCACAAUUUGAAGCUGAUCAUCAGAUCACAUGAAGGACCAGAUGCAAGGGAUGGUAGGGAUGAUUUUGGGGAUAUGUUGAACGGAUACAGCAUAGAUCAUGACGGCGAGUCAGGAAAGCUAUAUACACUUUUUAGUGCUCCAGAUUACCCGCAGUUUGGGGGGAAGAGAUAUAACAAUGAAGGAGCAUAUGCAAUAUUGAAGUGGCCUGAUUUUGCAACUCCUUCCUUUCAGUCAUUUAAAUCAGCAGAAAAACCCAUGGUGUAUCCUUAUAUGGAUUUGGAUGCUGAUGACAUGGACUUGAGUAAACUAGACUCUUCUCAAAUCGACAUAGAGGCCUCAACCUCAACCUUUUCUAGUCCUCAAGAUGCGUCUAGACCCGAAUUUGACUUUAAGUCAUUAGGCAUAUAUAAUGCCCCAAGUUGGAGUGUUCAGCUUCCCGAUGGUUCAGGUGGUUCUCAAGUUGUGCAGGUUCCAAGAGCUCCUUUGGUGGAAGGGCUGCCUCUGCCACCAAACAUAGAGGAGCCACAUGCAGGUGCUUAUAAGUAUUUGUUUGAGCUCGUUGCUGGCCUUAAACACAUGAUUGCAACAAGGGAGACUGAAAACAGCGCUCAUGUUUCGGCUUUGCGAAGUAAAGCUAGGAAACGGAAAGAUAGAGGUCACAGUUGA